AUGGCUUCUUCAAUACAGGAGCUGGACGCCACUGUCCAAGCCUUCUACAGCGGCGGCGCGCAGCAAAAACAGGCCCAAGCCACGCUGAACCAGUUCAAGGAAAACCCCGAUGCUUGGCUCAUGGUCGACAAGAUCCUCCAAGAAGCCCAAAACUCCCAGACCAAGUUCCUCGGUCUACAAGUCCUCGACAAUGUAAUCAUGACGCGGUGGAAGGUUCUACCCCGCGAGCAGUGCCAGGGCAUCCGCAACUUUGUCGUCCAGUACAUUCUUCAAAUGUCGAGCUCCGACGAGAGUCUGCGCAAGGAAAGAGCUCUGAUCAACAAGCUCAACCUGGUCCUCGUCUCCAUCCUCAAGCAGGAAUGGCCCCACAACUGGCCCACCUUUAUCAACGAGAUCAUCUCGGCCUGCCACAGCAGUCUGCCUGUUUGCGAGAACAACAUGGCCAUCCUUCGUCUUCUCUCCGAAGAAGUCUUCGACUUUUCCGCCGAGCAGAUGACUUCGACCAAGACGCGCCAACUCAAGCAGAGCAUGUGUGACGAGUUUACCUCCAUCUACAACUUGUGCAGCGAGAUCCUGCGCACAGCCACACAACCCUCGCUGAUCAAGGCCACUCUCGAGACUCUACUGCGUUUUCUUAACUGGAUCCCUCUUGGCUUCAUCUUCGAGACCCCUCCCACUGGUGUUAGCUUGCUCGAGACCCUCCGCAGUCGUUUCCUCGAAGUCCCCGAGUUCCGCAAUGUCACCCUCAAGUGUCUGACAGAAGUCGGUGGUCUUCAGACCGAACAGCAGUACAACGAGAAGCUUAUCGCCAUGUUCACCGACACCAUGACAACCAUCUCUACUGUCAUUCCUCUCUCGCUCGACCUCAAGCAAACUUAUGCAUCCAGCAACAGCCGCGACCAAGAAUUCGUUCAGAACCUUGCUCUCUUCCUGACUAAUUUCUUUUCCAAUCACCUUAGCAUCAUCGAAAAUCUGCCCAACCCUGACUUCCUGGUUCAUGGCCACUUCUACCUCAUCCGCAUCAGUCAGAUUGACGACCGUGAAAUCUUCAAGAUUUGUCUCGAAUACUGGACCAAGCUGGUGUGCGACCUCUACGACGAGAUGCAGCAACUACCUAUCACCGACCUCAACCCUCUGGUCAGCAUGUCCAUGAGUGGUCUCUCCAAUGGCGGAGCACCUAAUCCCGCGAGCAUGUCUGGCUACCCUCUUCGUAAGAACAAGUACGGUGAGGUUUUGACAAAUCUCCGCCAGGUCAUGAUUGAGAAGAUGGUCCGUCCUGAAGAAGUCUUGAUUGUCGAGAACGAUGAGGGUGAGAUUGUUCGCGAAUUUGUCAAGGAAAGUGACACCAUUCAGCUCUACAAGACCACCAGAGAAUGCUUGGUCUUCCUUACUCACUUGGACGUUGUCGACACCGAAACCAUCAUGUCCGAUAAGCUGUCCAAGCAGGUCGACGGCUCUGAAUGGUCAUGGGCAAACUGCAACACCCUUUGCUGGGCCAUUGGUUCUAUCUCCGGUGCUAUGAACGAAGAGACCGAGAAGCGCUUCCUGGUCACUGUCAUUAAGGAUCUCCUGGGCCUCACUGAACAGAAGCGUGGCAAGGACAACAAGGCUGUCGUCGCAUCCAAUAUAAUGUACAUUGUUGGCCAGUAUCCUCGCUUCCUCAAGGCACACUGGAAAUUUCUCAAGACUGUUGUCAACAAGCUUUUCGAAUUUAUGCACGAGACACACGAGGGUGUACAGGAUAUGGCAUGCGAUACUUUCAUCAAGAUUGCCAACAAGUGCAAGCGUCACUUCGUCUUGACCCAGCCUGGCGAGUCGGAGCCUUUCAUUGACGAGAUUGUGCGUAACAUGCGCAAGAUCACCUGUGAUUUGUCUCCCCAACAAGUCCACACCUUUUACGAGGCUUGUGGCUACAUGAUCAGUGCUCAGGGUCAGAAGGCCAUGCAGGAGCGUCUGAUCGGCGAGCUCAUGGCUCUGCCCAACCAGGCCUGGGAUGCUAUCAUUCAGGCUGCACAUGUCGACCCCAACAUCCUUCAAGACUCCGAGACUAUCAAGGUCGUCGGCAACAUCAUGAAGACCAAUGUCUCUGCCUGCUCUUCGGUUGGAAGCUACUUCUACCCCCAGAUCGGCAAGAUCUACCUCGACAUGCUCACCAUGUACCGUGCCAGCAGUCAGCUCAUUGACGAAGCUGUGCAGAGAGAUGGUGAAAUUGCCACCAAGAUGCCCAAGGUUCGCGGACUCAGGACGAUCAAGAAGGAGAUCCUCAAGUUGAUCAGCACCUACGUCGACAAGGCUGAUGACCUCGAGAUGGUACACGAGCGUCUCGUUCCCGACUUAUUGCAAGCUGUUCUUCUUGACUACCAGAACAACGUUCCCGAUGCACGAGAGGCCGAGGUCCUGAACGUCAUGACUACUAUCAUCAAGAAGCUUCAAGGCCUCAUGACCAAGGACGUUCCCGGCAUUCUUGGUGCCGUCUUCGAGUGCACUCUCGACAUGAUCAACAAGGACUUCUCCGAGUACCCCGAACACCGCGUCGAGUUCUUCAAGCUCCUCCGCGAGAUCAACCUUCGUUGUUUCCCCGCUCUUCUGCAGCUUGAUCAGCGCCAGUUCAAGUUCGUCAUCGACUCUUGCAUGUGGGCCAGCAAGCACGACAAUCGCUUGGUCGAGGGUGAGGGUCUUAACAUGUGUUACGAGCUUGUCCAGAACAUGUCAGAGACCGACAUUGAGAUCAGCGGACCCUUCUUCCAGAACUUCUACACCACCAUCCUUCAAGACGUCUUCUUCGUUUUGACCGAUUCUGAUCACAAGGCAGGCUUCAAGUACCAGUCUAUGCUUUUGGCACAGAUGUUCUUCCUGGUUGGAUCCGGCAAGCUCAACUCGCCCAUCUAUACCUCCGACAUGGCACCUGGCGGCACAUCAAACAGAGAGUUCCUCCAGAACUUUGUUGGCAAUCUCCUCGUCAACGCCUUCCCAAACCUCACCCCUGCACAAAUUCAAAAGUUCAUCACUGACUUGUUCUCGCAAGCCGAUGACAUCAACCGCUUCAAGCUCACAUUGCGUGACUUCCUGAUUCAGCUCAAGGAGUUCGCUGGUGACAAUGCCGAAUUGUUCAUCGAGGACCGUGAGAAGGAUGCGCAGGAUCGUAAGAACCAAGAACGAGAGCGUGCCAUGAAGGUUGGCGGUCUGCUCAAGCCUAGUGAGAUGGACGAUGACGAGCUUUGA